CCUGCAACAGAAUAACAGAAAGAAUCUAUUUCUCUCUCUUUAUCUACCCACAAACAAAAAUACCUUAUUUCUCCUAAAAUCUCUCCUACCCAUUUCACAAUUUUGGUGAAAAAAGAGAAUUCAAAGAUACCCCUUUCAAGAUUCGUUCAAAAAAAAAGAACCCUAAAAAUGGCGCUAUUAGACUGUUUAUAUCAUCAGUAUACUCUGUUUUUAGUAAUAAUAAUAGCCUUAAUUUCUCAGGUUUUAUGUGUAGGAGUGAAUUGGGGUACCAUGGCAACUCAUCAAUUGCCGGCAGAUAUGGUAAUUCAGAUGCUAAAAAAUAAUGGGUUUGAUAAAUUGAAGCUGUUUGAAGCGGAUGAUAAGAUUUUGAAUGCUUUAAUUGGCACUGAAAUUGAAGUAAUGUUGGCGAUUCCUAAUAACAUGUUGGAGAAAAUGAGUAGGGAUGUUGAUGCUGCUAUUUCUUGGGUUGAUGCUAAUGUUUCUACAUACUUUUACUCUGGUGGUGUUAAUAUCAACUAUGUUGGAGUUGGGAAUGAGCCCACACUACAAACCUACAAUGGCACAUACCUAAAUUACAUGUUACCAGCCCUCAAAAACAUUCAAGAAGCCCUUAAUAAUGCAGGAUUCGGGGAUCGAAUCAAGGCAACAAUCCCAUUCAAUGCAGAUGUAUAUUUCUCUCCUGAAUCAAACCCUGUGCCCUCAGCUGGAGAUUUCAGACCAGAAGUUCGAGAUCUUACUCUCGAAAUCCUUCAAUUUCUACAUCAAAACAACGCCCCCUUCACCGUCAACAUCUACCCUUUUCUUAGUCUAUACGGAAACAAGAACUUCCCAAUUGAUUAUGCUUUCUUUGAGGGCUCAAAUGUGCCUAUAAGAGACCAGGGUUUGAUUUACACAAACGUUUUCGAUGCAAAUUACGACACUCUAGUAUCAGCUCUAAACAAAGCAGGGUACCCUGAUAUGGAGAUCAUAGUAGGAGAAGUAGGUUGGCCUACUGACGGUGAUAUGUAUGCUAAUGUCGCGAAUGCUAAGAGGUUCAAUCAAGGCCUUCUCGAACAUAUCCUAUGUGGCGAAGGGACCCCACUUCGAAAGGGAAAAAUUAACGUAUACUUGUUUAGUUUGAUCGAUGAAAAUGCUAAGAGUAUUGCACCAGGGAACUUUGAGAGGCAUUGGGGGAUUUUUGAGUACGAUGGGAUGCCAAAGUAUGAACUCGAUUUAGCGGGGAUGCAAGAAGAUCGAGUACUAAUCCCGGUUGAAGGAGUGCAAUAUAUGGUUAAACAAUGGUGUGUUUUGAACCCUGAUGCUAAAAAUACAUUGGGAAAUUUGCCUGAUAACAUCAACUAUGCUUGUAGUUUGUCAGAUUGUACUUCUUUAGGCUAUGGAUGUUCAUGCAAUCACCUGACUGUUCAAGGGAAUGCUUCCUAUGCAUUCAAUAUGUAUUAUCAAAUCACUGGUCAGGAUACAUGGAACUGUGAUUUUGAUGGGUUAGCUAUGAUCACUGAUCAAGAUCCAUCAGACAGCACCUGCGAGUUUCCUGUCAUGAUUGAUUACAGCUCUUGUAGGGCUCUACAUACAGGAUUAUUUGGGGUUUUAUGGACACUUGUUUUUGUGUGUGUAUUGUUAUUUCUUAUUCUGUGACACCAAUGGAAGUUUGGUAGUCAUUGUAGAGGAAAUUUAGAGGCAGAAUUGUGUGCAUUUGUAUAUUCACAUUGAAAUUGAGUGGUCUUUGAAUUGUAAUGUAAAUUACAUUUUCCUAAAUGGAAAUAUAACAAAACAUGAU